AUGGCCCGGCCCAAGUAUCGCAUCGUGGACGUUCAACGGACUGCAGACUUUGGGAACCAUAGUCGUCCCGUGUCCCGCUCCAGAGUGCCUCGACUCGACAGCCCAUCCUCCUACACGGCUACCGUGGGACAGAGACCGCCCGACAGCGAGGAAAGAAGACAUUUUGAGCAACAUGCUGACUUCUUCGACGCAGCCGCCCCCCCUGCCCCCAACGGCGCUCCUCCCGUCGCGCCCACUCGGGCUUCCCCCGUCCCUAGCACCGGCAGCAGUGCGAAGCCCACCUCUCCCUUUGUUGAGCGCAGCAACCCAAUGGGAUCAGGGAGCGCGCAGACCGUCAGCUCCAAGGACCCCAAGGCUGUUGCUCAGGCUGCUACCGAUAUGCGAAACGUCGUCCGCAGAAAGCUGACCGGCUACGUCGGCUUUGCCAACCUACCCAACCAGUGGCACCGUAAGAGUGUCCGUAAGGGUUUCAACUUCAAUGUGAUGGUUGUUGGUGAGUCUGGACUGGGAAAGUCUACUCUAGUUAACACCCUCUUCAACACAUCGCUCUACCCACCGAAGGAACGUGCGGGACCUAGCCACGACAUUGUCCCCAAGACCGUCUCGAUCCAGUCGAUCAGCGCUGAUAUCGAGGAGAACGGCGUUCGCCUCCGUCUGACCGUUGUCGAUACCCCCGGAUUCGGAGACUUCGUCAACAACGAUGACUCGUGGCGCCCCAUUGUCGAGAACAUUGAGCAGCGCUUCGAUGCGUACCUCGAGGCUGAGAACAGAGUCAACCGUAUGAACAUUGUUGACAACCGUGUGCACGCAUGUGUCUACUUCAUCCAGCCCACCGGUCACUCGCUAAAGCCUCUCGAUAUCGAGGUGAUGCGCCGCCUGCACACCAAGGUCAACCUGAUUCCGGUCAUUGCCAAGUCCGAUACUCUGACCGACGAGGAGAUUGCCCUUUUCAAGCAGAGAAUCCUUGCCGAUAUCAACCACCACUCUAUCCAGAUCUUUGAAGGUCCCCGUUAUGAGCUCGACGACGAAGAAACGAUUGCUGAGAACCAGGAAAUUAUGUCCAAGGUCCCCUUUGCUGUCGUUGGUGCCAACGCAGAGGUCACUACUCCUGAGGGCCGCAAGGUCCGCGGUCGUCGUUACCCCUGGGGUAUCAUCGAGGUGGACAACGAGGAGCACUGCGACUUCGUCAAGCUGCGCCAGAUGCUGAUCCGCACCCACAUGGAAGAGCUCAAGGAGCACACCAACAACGUCCUGUACGAGAACUACCGUUCCGACAAGCUCACCCAGAUGGGUGUCGCCCAGGACCCGAGCGUCUUCAAGGAGGUCAACCCGGCCGUCAAGCAGGAGGAGGAGCGCACGCUGCACGAGCAGAAGCUGGCCAAGAUGGAGGCCGAAAUGAAGAUGGUCUUCCAACAGAAGGUCCAGGAGAAGGAAAGCAAACUGAAACAGAGCGAGGACGAACUAUACGCGCGGCAUCGCGAGAUGAAGGACCAGCUCGAACGACAACGCCAGGAACUAGAAGAGAAGAAGGCCCGUAUCGAGAGUGGAAGACCUCUCGAGGAAAAGGGCAAGAGAAAGGGUUUCUCUCUUCGUUAA